UCGUUAUGGAUCGCUCUCGGCACCGUGCAGGGAAUGGCAAUGAGCAGGCAUCUUCACGAGAGCAUAGUCAUGGUGAAGACGAGAGACAACGACAGCUGGAGCGCCUCAGUAGGGAGGAGGCCUAUUACCAGUUCAUUAAUGAACUCAAUGAAGAAGACUACAGGUUAAUGAGGGACCGCAACCUGCUUGGCACUCCUGGAGAAAUAACAGCAGAAGAAUUGCAGCAACGCUUGGAGGGGGCUAAGGAGCGUCCGGCAUCACAGACUGAUCUGGAUAACAGAGAAGGUGAAGAUUCUGAUGUUCUUGGAGAAAACUCUAAUGGUGAUUCGUUGCUUGAAUGGCUGAACACAUUUCGUCGCACAGGAAAUGCCACUCGCAGUGGACAGAGUGGGAACCAAACCUGGAGAGCCGUGAGUCGAACAAACCCAAAUAGUGGGGAGUUCCGUUUUAGUCUUGAAAUCAACAUAAAUCAUGAACAUAACAGUUUUGAAAAUGCUGGUGAGGAGUAUGUGGGUAUAGAUAGUAGCAGAAUGUAUUUAGAAAGAAGACAUCAAAGAGCUGUCAGUCCAGUAACCCCACGAACGAGGAGCAGGACUGCAAGAGAGGCAAACAGUGAGGCUUCAAGCACUGCAAGGACCAGGUCUGUAAGAAGUUCCGUGGCACAAAGCUCUGAAGCAACGUCUCAACCGGUCUCAGGGAGGCUCAGGAGUAGAACAAGGGAGUUGACAGGCCUUUCCCAAACAAGCACUACACGUAAUAAUUCUGCAGCUGCUGGUGAACAAAGAGAAAUGCCAGAAAGAGGUACUUCUACAGGAGUCACAAGAGGUAGAGCUAGAACUAGUGUUCGGAUGAGUACAAACCAAAGACUAGAAAUUCUCCGGCUGCGGUCUACUUUAAGUAGUCGAAGCCGCUCUCCGCUGCAAAGGCAAGGCGAUACUGCUCGUUCUGAGGAACAUGGGCAGAGGCAGGAUAGGAAUGCACAGCAAGUCAACAGAAGUAGAAGACAAACAGCUCAGCCUUCUCCACAGCCUGCCGAAGAACAAGCAAGAGGUAACACUCAGACUCCUCAGCUUUCCAGUGUAGCCCCAUCCUUGGGGAUAACUUUGGAAGAGGAGGAAUCUAGUAGGCCAGUAGCUGCUGUUAGAAGGCAUCCAACAAUUACAUUAGAUCUUCAGGUGAGAAGAAUUCGUCCUGGAGAAAACAGAGAUCGGGACAGUAUUGCCAGUAGAACUCGUUCUAGAGUAGGAAUGGCAGAAAACACAGUUACCUUUGAAAGUGACAGUGGGGGAUUUCGGCGUACGAUAUCGCGAUCAGAACGUGCAGGUAUUCGAACCUACGUUAGCACUAUACGGAUACCUCUUCGUCGGAUUUCAGAAACUGGGCUUGGUGAACCUUCAUCAGUGGCUCUUCGAUCAAUCCUUAGACAAAUUAUGACAGGCUUUGGAGAACUGAGUUCUUUAAUGGAAACUGAAUCUAACUCAGAAGCGCAAAGAGGUGGUCAUCGCUUACCGGACGUACAGUCAGAGCAGAAUAACUCAAGUUCAGCAAACAACAGUGAUCCAAGUGAGGUUUCAUCUAGAAAUGGGCAUGCAGUAGAAGGCAGCAGGGAAACAAAUGGACAGAGAGAUGAUACUCAACACUAUGAUGGCAAUAAUGAAAACCAAGAUAACAGGCAGUCUCAAGAUGCUAACAACCUGGUGGAAAAUGGAACGCUAGGUUUAACCAAAGAGCAGAUUGACAAUCUUUCUACCCGGAACUAUGGGGAUAUUCACACCGAAAAUGAAAUAAGUAAAACGUGUAGUGUUUGCAUUAAUGAAUAUGUAACAGGGAAUAAGCUAAGGCAGUUACCUUGUAUGCAUGAGUUUCAUAUCCAUUGUAUUGAUCGCUGGCUCUCUGAAAACUCCACUUGCCCAAUUUGUCGGCAGCCUGUAUUGGGGUCUAAUGCCGCAGACAACGGCUAGAACUAUUUAUACUGCUCAGUACUCAAGGAUUUCCUUCUGCUCGACUUGAGAUGAGCCAGAUGGAAUGAAUUGACUUGCAUAGGGGUCCAUUUGUGUGGGGAGUUUUGUUAAAUUUCUUUAAAAAUAACAGGAAACUUGUCUAAACCUAGCAAUGUAAAUACUAUUUUUCUCCAAGUGCAGAUCUAGGAGUACACAUAGAACCAAACGAUAUCGGUAAAGUUUAUAUUUUUUUAGGUAAUUUUGUUAUGCUAAGCACUUUUGUAAAUACAGAAAUGCAAUAGUUAAUCAGUCCUGCUUAAUGUAUGUUUUUUUAACAGUGUAAUGGACUCACUUUAUUUAGAUUACGAAUUGUUUCACACAGACCCACCACUGUGUUGAAAAAUUAGUGUCUAAAUAGCCAUUCAUUAGGUUUUUGUUCUAAGAACAAUUUCUUUUACAGAGAGUCUCUUGCUGGACAUGUUUGCUAAAGAUAUUUAAGUUACUUGAAGUGCUCAUUUUAAUAGACAGUAUAUUUUUUUUAACAUUGAAAUAUCCUUUCCAAAAACUUGCCAAUUUGGUUCUAUUUAAAAAAUUUUAUGGCAAUUUUUGCAUGUGGUUUUACACAAUGCUUAACGCUGAGGAGUUCAUAUUCAAAAGUGGAUGGGUUAGUGACAUUAUAAAAUGUACAUAAUUAAAUGCUGUCUUUGACAAUCGCUGUCUUUUCAAUGCAGACAGCAAUCAAAUCAAUCAUAAUUCCAAGAGGGCGUGUCUUACUGAACAUCGUAUUUGCUCAAAGAAUACAUGAGCACCGAGGAAGCCUUUUUACUCCUCCAAAUUACUCAAUUGAUAUUCAUGGGGUUUUAACUGCCUUAGUUUAACGAGGGAAAUAUUUCCUUGACCGCUACAUUGUCUACAAUAUGCAUGAUUUGUGCAUCCUACUCAGAAAAACAAAACAAAGGCUUGAAGUGGUUUUGUACAGAGAUUUAAGGUACACGUAUCAUAUCAGUCCUCUUAAAACAUGUCUGAGGACCAAAUGGCAAAAGACACUAAAAAGGACAAAAUAAGCUUCCCUUAAAAUCCCCAGAUUACUGUAUAAUUAGAUAUUAAACUUUAUACCAAUAACUUAUAAAGAAAUAAAGUU